AUGGCUUCAACAUCAUCAUGUUACAAUGAGCAAAGCACUUCCUCAAGCACAUCUUCAACUGCAGCAUCCACCACUCCUUCCAGAAGCCAAAAUUCAGAUAAGCAGGAAGUUAUUGAUGUUGAAGAAGAAGCUGAAGAUGAUUGUAUGGUGGUCAAAAUUGACCUCAGCAAGUGCCAUCUUUCCUAUGGGAAAAUUAUCAACAACUUAGAAUUGGUUAUUGAUGAUAGUGAUGAUGAUGAUGAUGAUGAUGAUGAUGAUGAUGGAAAAAAUAGUGACAAAUACAAUUCAUCACUGCUAACCUCUACUAUAGAUAAGCAACACCCUCCAACUGCAAAUGAUUCCUCUGUAGAUAUAGAUGACACAAUGAAUGCAGUAAUCAAGGUUGAACAGACGACUGAUUUGAAUACAGAUGAACAGGAAGAAAACUCUUGUGAUAUGAAUGCAGACUCACCAGAGCUCAGCAAUGAUUCAACAAAUACACAAACAUUUCAUGCACAAGCAUCUAAUCUAAGUGAGAAUUCUGUUCCAAAUCAACCUGCAACAGAAAUGUCAAAGCAGACAGCAUGCAAGUUGUGCUCAAAAUUGUUUCACACCCGCUCAGCUUUAGUUUAUCACAUGAUUGAAGACCACAAAGAGGUAUCAAAAAUAAGGGCCAAAAAUCUUCAACAGAAUAAUCCAAAUGAGAAUGAUUCAAUACUUAAGUCUUCUUUGCAAGAGAAAGUCACUUCACCAGCUAAGACUAAGACAGUUGAAGCAGGCAGUGCCUUAGUGAGUGUCAACCCACUCAAUUCACGAACACACUGUACUGUCAACCCCCCUGUUAAUUAUCCAAGCAUCAUAACUACUUUGCCAACCACUCAGAGUGUUGCUACCAGUUUGCCUGAAAAUCAGAGUGCUUUAGCCGUUCUGCCUUCUACUGAGUGUUCUACACCCAAUUUGCUUAUUAACCAGACUGGGAAUGUCAGUUUGCCUAGUAAUCUCUUUGUACCAGCUCAAGUGACUGGUUAUCCCCAGAGAAUGCCAGUCUGUUUGGUAACCAAUCAGACAUUUCCUUUCAAUGCACCUAAUCUUCAGAGUGCUGCAUUCCUUCCAACACAAUAUGUCAAUGUCACAAGACCAAAAAAAAAAUUUACACCACUUGUUCUGGCCACUCGCACUGUAGGUUCUACAACUAAGUAUAAAUCUUCUUCUGGAACAACACCCCCCAAGUUACCUUCCCCUGCUCUCAGGAGUCUUUUGAAAAUGCCAAAUAAUUUUAGCAAUGCCAAUAAUGAUAGUAUUACACCAGUCAUAGUGUCUGUUUCAACCAUCACUGAUCCUCUGACACCUUUCCAUCCAUCCAACAAUAAUGUAGUAACACCUCUUAAUACACCUCUGUCUCACAUCAAUGACUCUGUGACAUCUGCUAAUGCACCCACAUGUACUAUCAAAGAAACUGAUAGACCUGUUUAUACAUUACAUACUAGUAUUAAUUCGCUUUUGCCUCUCACAGUACCAUCCACUAUCAAGAUGUCAACUGUAAAUCGCUCCGCCACUACCAUCACUAAUUCUGUAACUCCUGUCAGUCAGUCUGCUAUCUCUGUAACACCUGUCAGUCAGUCUGCUAUCUCUGUAACACCUGUCAGUCAGUCUGCUAUCUCUGUAACACCUGUCAGUCAGUCUGCUAUCUCUGUAACACCUGUCAGUCAGUCUGCUAUCUCUGUGACACCUGUCUCUGCUGUCACCACUGUGGACUCCAAUAAAGUAAAUCUGCCUCAAACAUACUGUGUUUGCUGUGAAUGCUGUAGACAAUGGUUCCCAAAUUAUUCCUGUCUUAGGGAGCAUCUUAAAACUGAAAUGAAAUGUAAAAAUUUUCAUGAUGAAUUAUUUAAACCUAAAGGCAACCUAAAACAACCUCAACCUAAAAGUGCAUUCUCUAAAAAACCCAACAUUUCCUGUUUAUCCUGCAAAAGAAAAUUUGCAACAGAUGCUAUGUUGAGUCUUCACUUGCAUCAGAAUGCACAGUGCAGAAAUGUUAAUAAAACGUCUGAUAAGUCAGAAAGGAAUUCUUCAACUAAAAAAAAUACUUCAGUCACAACAAAGGAGAGUUCUCCAAUUAUCAAAAGUAUUCCCAUUCCUCAUAUUGAUGCUCAGCCUGCAGCUAUAACCAUUAUAGAUGUUUCUGGCAAUUCUGAACCAAUGGCUACUAAAGAUAAAACUUCUUGUGUGCAAAAUCAGGAAAUGAUGGAUGCUCAACCAAGCUCCCAACAAGAUAUUAGUCCAAUUGAGAAGCUACAAAAAACUCAAUGCAGACCUCAAACCUGUGACUUAACUUCUGAGAAAACAUCCUCCAAGAUCAGAUCCUUCAAUGGAGGCAAUUUGAAAGCAAACCCAAAGGUUACACAUGCAAACAAUGAACUUCAACUAACCAGUAAGCCUGAGACUGUAAACAUUCCUGAUGCAGCUUUGGCUAUAGAUACAGUAGUGCAACUUAAUGACAUUAAAGAGGCUGCAUCCCCAUACCAGAGCAAGAGUAAAAAAGAAUCAGAUUGCCUUCCCUUAAGCGUUGACGAUUCAGAUUCUUCUUCAUUGGAGGAGGGUAGCGAGGAAAGUGCCAGCUCCAGCGAUGAAGAUGCUGUAGUGGAGUAUAAAUGUAAACAUUGCAGUGCGAGUUUCACUCACCGCUCUGAUUUGAGGAAACAUUUGAAGACACACAAUAAGGGCCCAGCAGGAUGUGCCACUACUAAGAGAAAGAUACUCUGCAAAGUGUGCAAGAAAAAAUUCAAAGACAACACUGGCCUUCAAGCCCACUUGCUUCAACGACGAUUCUGCUUUUUGCAUGUUACAAGAGCUUUUCGGGAUAGUUGUGAACAAGGCUCUCAUGUUUGUCAAAUGUGCAAAAAAUCAUUGACGUCUGCUUUAGAUUUAAGUAAACACUGCUAUAAAACACUGACUUGUCGGUUGCGCUACAUUGACCUGGUGCUACAAAACAUUAAGAAGCAUGAACAGACCUUGAGUAAUAUCCCAGCAUUAAGUCAAAAUACUAAUACACCAUCUUUGUUGCAUGAAAAAGUUGAUAAUACUCAAGAGAUCUCUAAGUCUCUUGGAAUGGUCAGUCAGGUCAAGUAUUACCCAGUUGCUCCUGUUGUCAAUAGUCCUGUAAUUGAAGAUACAGUUUCUUCAGCAUCAAACACAAGCCCAACCAAUGGUAUCAACCAGGUGAACAUUUUUCCAGCCAUCAGCUCUAGUGUCACCAUGAAUCCUUCAGAUGUAGCUCUUGCCAGUUUCACAAAUCCAACAAAUAAUUCAAUCAAUGAAAAUUCAAAUUUAAGGAAAUGCUUGUGCUGCAAGGUGGAAUAUACACAUUUUUUAAAGCACAUUUUAACCAACAAGAACUGUUUAUAUUUUUAUGUUUCCCAUCCAAAAGAAAGACCUAGUAAGGUCCCCUUUUGUUUUGAUUGCAGGAGAAAAUUUGAUUCAUUGGAGCUUUGUUCCAAACAUAAAUGUGUAACCCUUUCUAUUGAGUGUUUGAAAUGUGGAUUACGGUUCACUUCUGAUUCACGUUUAAAGAUGCACAGUCGUCACUGUCCUGUUUUGUUAGCCAGUAAGGCUGUGCCCAAGUCUGGAAAUGAUGCCAAAGUUUUGAGUGAUAGUCCCUCACCCUCUUGCACUUCCUUUUCCUGCUUGAUCUGCUCUGCCCAAUUUGCUACACUGAAGCUCCUCAUGGACCACAGUCAACAGCACACAGAAGAACAUCCUUUUGUUUGCCAUAGAUGUAACACGACUUUCUAUCAUUACAAUCGAUUUGUCUCGCACCAGGCAUACCAUAUAAGGAUGGACAAGGAAGCUGGAGUUAGUAAUACAGAUCCAUUAAUUAAAGGAAACCCUCUUACAACUGCUAUUGUUCCAUUGAAGGACAACACUUCCAAUUCUGCCAAUGAUAGAGUAGCAGACGAUGGUACUGGUACAAAGCAAAUUUAUGAAUGUUUCAUCUGUCCUCAAGUUUUCUAUGACUUCAGUGCUCAUAAAAGCCACAUAGAAGCACAUUCCAGGAGCUCCUACAGCUCUUGCAACAUUUGCUUUGAGAACUUCCCAUCUGAUGAAGCUCUACAACAACAUUCCAAGCAACAUGAAAUAUCAAAGACUUCCAGAACACAUGUGAACAACAGCAAUAAAUGUGCACCUGUACAGGUUAAAGCUGAAGCCCCAGUACCUGUAUCAACUAUGAAUUGUCUGUACUGUCAUCUAGUACUCACCAGCCCAAGGGACAAACAAGAUCAUCUUUCACAGUCUGUGUCUUGUAAAAGUAUAAUGUCCUGCAUUUUAGAAAAACAUUUUUUUAUUCACCCUUCCAUUGACCAGGGUCAGUUAAACAGUUUCACUUUCAAGCCAAACCAAUGUCAGUUUUGCUUUGAGUCUUUCUUUGAUGUAAUCUCUCACAUCAUAGAAACUCCUUGUCUGACAUUAUUGGAAGCAGGAGUUUUGAAAUAUAGGUCCAGUUUCAGUUCAUUUAAUGAGAGCAAUUCUGAAAAAAUGUCUUCAGAAAAUCAUCAUCUGACUAAGCGAAAAUUCCCUUUGCCAGCUCCAGCACCAGAAAUAUCCUUAGAAUAUUCAAAAGAAGAGCAUUUGUAUUGUUUUUCCUGUAGAAAGUAUUUUACUACCGCUUAUAGUGUAAUUCAACACAACAGUUAUUUACACCAUAGACUGAUUUCUCGCAGAAUCCAUCUCAAAAUGGGCAAAGAUGGAAACAAUUUUUGUAAAAUAUGUAGGAAAUCAUUUGGUGAAACUCACAGAAGAAAAUUCAUUGAUCAUAUGUUCCAAAUUCAUAAUGAAGGCUCCAGCAGACUUUUAAAUUUUGUUGACAAGGGUUCUUCAAAUGUACCGGGAGCACCCAAAAAAAGUUCUAACUCGAGGUAUUGUUGCUCUCUUUGUGAUAUGGUCUUGAGCUGUAGCGCAAAAGUGUCCCAUUUGAAGGCACAUGUAAACUCAUUUAUGGCCAAGCUCAAUCACAAGUCGGCAAGACCCAUGAAGUCCUUCAGUGUUGAGAAGUGUCCCAUUUGUAGGAAUGUGCUCCAUUCUAGGUUUUCAAUGAGGCAACACUUGCUCAGACACAGGGCACAAGAUAUUUUCAAGCCCCUGUCCCAGGGAUCAAGAUGCAACAGCUUGAAGCUGUCCGCUUGCCCUCAGUGUAAGCGCUGGUUUAAAACAGUUGACUCCAUGAAUUAUCACAUCCAGAAGGUCCAUAAAAGGGAGAAAACCUUUUCUUCUGAGGACUCAACUGCUUAUAAGACUAGUGAACUUUCAAAUGGUGUGCAGGCCAAUGACAGCCAAAGUAGAAGUCCAGAGCUAACAGAGAGUAAAUCAUUGAUCUAUUUAUGUAAACUCUGCUAUAAAACAUUUGAAAAUAAGACUGGGCUUUGGAAACAUCUCAAGAGAAAUCAUCAGUUGGUAAACAAGGAUGAUCUUAAUCGCUUUGUAAAUCAUCAAGUUAAUAGAUCAGAUGAAUUAUACAAGAGUCCUUGUAAAGAUGUGGCCUUUUCUGAGUGCAGCAACAUUGACACCAAUAGGGCAGAAUGCCGUGCUGGCUUCUCUCUCCGGCCAAUCUGUUCAGCUUCUAUGAAUUGUCACAUUUGCCAAGACACUCUUGUUGUUCAAGAGUAUCAGUCCCAUCUUAAAACUGUUCACAAAUGGCCCCUGGAAAAGCUAUUUGAUUGUUCAUAUUGCAACAUGAGAUUCCCAUUCCAGAAUCUCUUACCAGACCAUUUGGAGCAGUGUAAAAAUAAUUGCCUGUGUCUCAUCUGCCAUAGACAGACUCUGUCUGUUCGAGGCCUACAGAGUCAUCUAAAUCAGAAGCAUAACCUCAGCCUGGUCAGCUAUGUAAGUGCUCACUUUUCUUCUUCCCUUAUUAAAAUUGUUAAUGAUGGCCUCAAAAUUGUAACUGCUGAAAAUGAAAGCACAGAUGAUGAUAAUGGCCAGGUCAGGGUUUGCCUACUCUGCAGAAGUGAGUUCUUACUACUAUCUGAAUACAGAGAGCAUCUUGAAAGACAUAUUAGACAUUGUUGGAUUCGAUUAGAAGACUGCACAGGCAUGCUAGUAUCACAGAUUAAUAAUGCUAAAAUAGAUUCAGAAUCUUGCCUAGACACUUCUCAUAAUUCCAGUAGCUCAACCCAGCAGAAGUCUUGCAAAGUUUCUGAAAGUGAAGAAUUAACUAAGAUCAAAUCAGAAAUUGAUACAGAGCAGGAUUGUUUCAGUGAAACUGUUUCUGAAAAAGAUUUGAGCAUGCCGAAUCUUGUCAUUGUUGAUGAUGAAACAACAGGAAAUGAUUGGAACAUGCCAAGUGUUCAUGUCUCUGACAGUCUACUUAGUCCAGACGCCCCCACUUUGCUUCCUGAGAAAUCAGUAGAUCAUCAUUACAACUGUAGUCAAAGCAUGAGAAAAAUUAAGACUGAAGUCAAUGAUUUGACCCAUGUCCACAGCACUGUUCAAGAAACAGAUGUUCAGUCUAGCUCAAGUUCUGAAUCUGUUGUUUCAAGCCUGGUGAGUUCUGAACCAGUGGAUUCCAACCUGGUAAGCUCUGAUUCAAGCCCAACAAGUUCUGAUUCUGUUAUUUCAAGCCUGACAAGCUCUCAACCUGUAGAUUCAAACCUAAUAAGCUCUGAGCCUGUUAUUUCAAGCCUAAUAAGCUCUCAACCCGUAGAUUCAAACCUAAUAAGCUCUGAACCUGUUGACUCAAGCCCAAAAAGUUCUGAGUCUGAUAUUUCAAGCCUGAUAAUUUCUGAACCUGGUCACCACAAUGAAACCAUAUUGGCCAGUCAUUCAAGUGUUUCUUGUGAACUCCAAGCUAUUGAUGCACAGAACAGGGAGGAUGUGGUUCUACUACUACAGGAUCACUCAAGUCAAGCAGCCUCUGAUGAUGAAUGGAUGGGCAUGAAUAGGAAGGUUAAGGAAGAAACAGAUCUCCCCUUUGAGGAUGAAGAAACAAUAGCAGCAGAGACUGAGGGUGCAUCUAACCUCUUGAGUACAACAGAUUACUCUAUAAUUAUAGAUUUAGGUAGCAGUAGUGAUACUUCUGAUGUGUCAGGUGAUCAGUGUGAAACAACACUUGCCAUUGUUACUGAUACUGAUGGCCCUGCAUUUGUUUCCCAUAGAAAAAGGUCUUCUGGUGACGAGAAUUCUGAAGAAAUCCCUGAAGCCAAAAGAUCUAAACUUGACAUUUCUUUUACUCAUGAUAAUAAUGAAGAGAAUGAUGUACCUGUAUUGUCUAUGUCAGUCAAUCAAUCAAAGCUACCUUCAAACUCUAGUGAGUUAGACCGCAACCUAUUCAAAGUCUUUUCAGAGAAACACCAAUAAUGAUUAUAAAGAUAUGUUUAAAAUAAAAUGCUUCUAGAGGGGAAAAAAUGUUGUGACAUUAUAUGGUUUGAUUUCUAGCAUUAGAGAUUCAUUUCCUCAGUCAGGUGCCAAAUAACUAUCACAGCAGGUUACAGCUGCUUAGGGUUUUACUGACCAUGGGAUUUUAAAUGCUAGGUGUUGUAUUUUUUAGAUCAUUAUAAGUAAUUUCACAUAGUUCUGCAUAUUUUUUUGACAAAUUGAACUGUAAGAGUGAACUUUUAGGUAACCACAAAACUACAGUUUGUAGUAGUUAAUAAUAACAUGAAAAAUCACAGAUUGAACACCAAAAAAAAAAAAGAAAACAAAACCUCACCUGUAUAUAAACUGGUAUGCCUAUAACAAAGUUGUUGUUUUUUUGUACCGGGUACUAUAAAAAAAGUGUACCUGUAUUAUGUUCUUGAAAAAUUUGGAUUUUUUUUCUACAAAUGUUUAUUAAUACAUGCAUGCAGGAGUCCAGAUUAGACAUAAUUUAUCCUGUGUGUAUACCUGCACAAUUUUACAAGCAUUUGUGUGACAAAACCAAUGUUGAACUGUCUUGUUACCAGUACUUGAUAUUAUUUCAGUGACAGAACCAAUGUUGAACUAAGUCUUGUUACUUGAUACAAUUUACUUCUGUUUUUGUGUGCUGAAGUGACUGUGUCUUCUUUAGUACUGUACAUGAUGCUACCAUUCCAUAGAGGUAUAGAUAUGCACCUAGUAGUAUACAAACAUAUACUUUGGUAUAUGCAUAGUACAUGUGAGUGUUCUAUUGCUCAGGUUUAUGUUUUAUUGAUUCAUUGAUGUAUUGUAUAUUUGAAAUGGCUAACUCUUUGUUUCAUUAACUUAUUUCAACUACAAAGCUCAUUACUACAUUCAAUUCGCAUUGUUUAUGUUUUCCAUGUAACUACAUAAGAUGUUUCCAAUUAUUAAAAUUUGUGUUAACUCUUUAUUCUGUGCUCAAUAAUCCAA